GGAGGAGGAGGAGGAGGAGGAGAAGAUGCGGCUGCAGAACGACGCGUGUGUCUGAGCGCAGCGAGGAGCAGCCCAGCACCGGCGAGGAGGUGCGGAACCGACCCAUUCUCCUCCUCCACCCUAAAAAAAAAAAAAAAAAAAAAAAAAAAGCAGCACAUAUCCACAAAAGGAAGAUCACAUGUUACAAUAAUCCCCUUUGCAGCCAGACAGGACCAGAGAACUGCCCCGUUAGGAUCUAGAGAUGCGCUUUAGAGGCUGAAAGGGAGGCAGAGGGAAAACUUGAACGACUUCCCCAGCCCUAGGAGGGAGGGAGGGAAGGACCCGAGCCCCCAGGACUGCCCUCCGGCCCCUUCGCUUCCCUCUCGCCCUGGCGCCGGGCACCGCUCCGGAGCCCCGCAGCGGGCACGGCCGGGGGGGUCCCGCGGCCCCGCAGAGCCGCCUUCGGGGUCGGGUUUUCCCCUCAGCCCCUCCGCUCGCUUCGCUGUGUGAAGCGGAUCCCUGGCAGGCGGGGAACUAGCGGCUUCCGUGACAGCGGAGGGAGGAGGGAAAUAAACUAAAAUAAAGCGAAGCAAAAUAAAAAGAGAGAAGAGCCAAGGAAGCACUUGCUUCUCAUCAUCGCUCAGCGAGGAAAAAAAAACCAACAACCAACAGCAAAAAAAAAAAUCCCCUACAACUCUCUUCUUCUUAUGACCCUCUGCUGCAGGGAGCAAAGGGAAGAAGGUACCGGGGCAGAGCCGCUAACAAAGCAGGGGUCGGACCCCAUCGGCACCCCGGCUGGCAGCGGGAGGGGCGAGGGGUAGGGGAGGCUCUGGCAGAGCCAAAACGAAGCUCCGCCAAAACCCAGGAGCAGAAAUGAAAGUUUCGAAAUAGCAUCCAAAGAGCCGCAAAAGCCCGGAGCGAACCGAGCUCUCUCUCCGCGCCGCAUCAGCUCCCCAUGGUGCAUCCCCGGCGCUGCAGCGGGGAUGUGAGCGGCCCCGGCCCGCUGCGAGGAGGGGGGUGAAGGCUCCGAAAAUCCCUGUUAUUUAUUUAUUUAUUGGAAGCAAUGUACGGGUGACACCCAGAAGGCAUCUGAGCCCUGAGGGGGAAAAAAAAAAAAACAGAAGAAGAAGAAAAAAAAAGCCUCCAGAUCCAAAGGAAAACAAGAAGAAUGAGGCAGCAGCCUUGACCCCUACACUGAGGGGAAGGUGAGCAGGAGGAAAGAAAGAAAACACAGAAAAGCCAUGCAAGCACCAAACCUGUAGAUUACUGCAGCUAUUUUUGCAUCGUUGAGGACAGAUAUUUUACUGACAGCCAUGCAGCAUCAAGGCAUCAUGCUGAUUGUGUUCUUGGAAUGUUUUAUUUCUGGCCAUGGAGAAGCAGAUCCUGAGAGGCUACGAGCCUUCCGCUGCAGUGGCCGUUCCUGCAACCCUCCUGUGGGAAACCUCGCCACUGGGAGGACGCCCGUCACUCUCACCACAUGCGGGCAGAACAGCACAGAGCUAUACUGCUCCUACCCAGACCAAAAUCUCCUCCAUCCAGCCUCCCAUGGCUGUGGGCAGCCUCGCUGCACCAAGUGCAAUGCCAACCAGCCUGAUAACUCCCAUCUCCCUGCCGACAUGACGGAUGAUUUCUUCGCAAACCCAGUGUCCUGGUGGCAGUCUGCCCAAGGGGUGCACAGGGAAGAAAUUAGGCUGGACUUUGAAACGGAGUUCUACCUAACACAUGUCAUUGCUGUGUUCAAGUCACCUCGCCCAGCUGCGAUGGUGUUGGAAAGGUCUCAGGACUAUGGGCAGACAUGGAGGCCCUACAAAUAUUUCUCUGUCAACUGUACAGCGACUUUUGGGCUCCAGGAUGACCUCGCUGAGGAGGGCUCCAUGUGCACUUCCAGAUAUUCAGACGCAGUACCCUGUACCAGAGGAGAGGUGAUCUAUCGUGUCUUAACUCCAUCUAACAAGAUUGAAGACCCCUAUAGUCCUGAGGCUCAAGAUCUCCUGAAACUCACCAACCUCCGCCUCCUUUUGUUAAAAAGGCAGGAAUGUCCAUGCCGUGGUUUGGGAUUGGUAGAGAAACCUCAGAGAUUUGCCCAUUAUGCUAUUUAUGACCUGAUCAUCCGAGGAAGCUGCUUUUGCAAUGGGCACGCAGAAGAAUGUCAACUUGCCAACAGGACAGGAGAUGUGGAAAAUGUGGUCCAUGGGAAGUGUGUGUGUAGUCAUAACACAGCAGGGGACCACUGUGAGAAAUGUGCACCGCUAUACAAUGAUCAGCCUUGGAAGCCAGGAGAUGGAAAAACUGGGGCACCAAAUGAAUGCAAAAAGUGUCGCUGUCACAACCACGCUGACAGCUGCCAUUUUGAUCUGAGUGUUUGGCUGGCAUCAGGGAAACGCAGUGGUGGAGUCUGUGACAACUGCAAGCAUAACACAGAGGGACAUCGGUGUCAGAGGUGCAAACCAGGCUAUUACCGAGAUAGAGGGAAACCCAUGUCUUCUGCAGAGGUCUGCAAACCUUGCUCCUGCCAGCCAAUGGGUUCAGCCAACGCAACGUUCAGCAGAAGCUGGCGAUGCCACCCCAAGACGGGAUUCUGCUACUGCAAGCCAGGUGUGGCGGGCCCCAACUGCGAUAGAUGUCUCAUGGGCUACUGGGGCUUUGGAGAAAAUGGCUGUCGUCCUUGUGACUGUGCCAGAGACUGCGACCAACAUACUGGAAACUGUUUCAAUGGCUACGACAAUGAGCCAUUCUUUAAUAUCCCCAUUGGGGGACGAAUCCCUGACCUUGUGCAAACACCAACUAAUGAGAGCGAAGAUGAGUGGAAAUGGAAUGACCACGAGCAGGGAUUUUCUGCUCUGAGACACCCAGAAAAGUGUGUGUGCAAAGAGAAGGUGCUUGGAAGUGUCACUGACUUCUGUCAAAUGAAAUACGCUUACGUGAUAAAAGCAAGAAUCCUAUCAGCUCAUGACAAAGGGACGCAUGCAGAAGUUGUUGUGAAAGUGAAGAAGGUCCUGAAAUCCGGCAAAGUGAAAAUUGCUCGGAGCAACAGAAGCAUUUACCCAGAAUCCUGGACCAACAGGGGAUGUACUUGUCCCAUUCUCAAUCCUGGUACCGACUAUCUUAUAGCAGGCCAGGAAGACUCUAGGAGCAGCAAACUUCUCGUGAACAUGAACAGCCUGGUGAAACCCUGGAAAGCACAUUUGGGAAAACACGUCGCAGAUAUUCUUCGAACAGGGUGCAAGUAACUUCUGCUUCAAACAUUACAGUGAUGAACUUUGCCUUUUAGUAACACUGCAGUGAAAGGUGUAGCUAGCUCGUAUGUUCCCAAUCAACGUGCUCCUAGCUGAAGUGACGAAGGCAGGCUCACCACCCUUUCUUCUUUCAUUUCCAUAGAAAACGUCAGGACGCGACUGCUUUUUUUUCCAAAAAUGCAAAGACUUAUCACAUAGCAUCAUACAUAGGUUACAGUUUUUAAUUUCAGCCUGAUUCCAUGUACCCAGAGAAUCAUUUCACAAGGCAAAACUGAAGGUUUGGAUUCAUGUUUCCACACUUCCAGUCAGAGCCUGAUACUAAUUCAUAUAAGCUGCUUACAUAACACAUUCAUUACUUGGGUGUAGUUUUUUUAAAAUAAGUGACCACUAACAGGCAGCAAUUUAUUUCAGCUUUACAAGUGGCAUAACAGUAGACAAGUAUGUUGAAUAUAAUAUUUAUCUAAAGGAGCUCAGAUAUUUUUAUUUACCACCAAACAGUGAUUAUGCCAAUAUAACAUGCUGCUUUCUAGAAAGCAAUGUUGUCAGAUGGCUGAACAGAAACUAACACAGGACUCAUCUGGGACAAGGCUCUGUAGAUGUACUUUGCUAUCAUCAGUGCUUAGUGAUGAGCUCUGCUGCAGAAAGCACCUUAGCACAAACUUGAUUCCAAAUCCAGUUCUUGCUCUCAUUUUGCUCUUUGCUAUAGUACUCAAAACUGUAACACCAGGCAAAGGUUUCACAGUGAUUGCUGCCAAAAAGCCUUAUGCUAGGAAAGAGCCAAAACAUGAUGAACUUUAGCUGCUCCUAUGUCAAGUUUGUAGUACUACAAAAGCUACAAAAGUAGGAGGUAAAUGGGUUGCUUGUAUUGCAUAUUAAAUGAGAUAGCUAUAGUUACUGUGAGAGCAACCUGGCUAUUCAAGCUGUGCUCAAGACCACUGACAUGUGAUUUGCACUCAGUGCUUUCAUUCUGCUUUAUUUCUCUUGGUCACACUUGAGGUUAAGAUACUGACCUUAGGCUGCCUUCCCACUGUACCUGAGGAUUCUUCUUCCACCUCACAGAAGUACAGGUGAGGUAACAUCUGCACUCUAGGUGGAAAUAGUCCCGUUCUGCACAAGCAUUCUUUCUAAACCAAUUUUCCCCUAUACCACAGUAAUGAAGAGGUAGCUAUUUUAAUUUUUCCCUAACAAAAUAUUUUGAAGGAAGUGUACUCCUUGACCUCUGCCCCUAAGACAGGAGAAUCAUGAUCAAAUGGAGCUCAUUUAAACACAUUAUCUCAUUAAGUAAAGCAGAAAUUAUAAUGGACCAGUGUAUACUUUCAGGUGGUCCCAUGUGCUACUUCUGCGUAUUUCUUAUUCCAUGUCUACAAUUUGUUUGAUGCUCUCAUAAAGAGGCACUACCUUAAUUUAGCACUCCCUGACUGGUCCAUGGAGUAUAUGGGAAAAUCUAAAGCUAAUGCAAAAGGAUGGCUGUUCCAGGCUACAGGUUAUGCCAUCAGUUUAUUCUCUUCAUCACUGGGAACCUGAAAAAACAGCUUCAUUAAUUCUAGUUGCCCCUGUUUUCCUUUUAACUUUGCAUUGGUUGAACAGCAGAAAAACUUCCAGGUCAUUUGGAAAUGGAUGAUGGGCAGGUAUCUGAAAGAAAGCACUGCUUUUCUUCAGACAGUGUAUAAAGCGUUUCUCUCUCCCCUUUCAAGAAAGCUUCCCUUCUCCCUUGCCAUAGAUUUUCUUCUUUCCUUCUGUUUGUCUUACAAGCACUUCAUUAUUUAUUUGUUGUUGCUAAAGUGGUAUCCAACAAUGUGGCAUCUCCAACAAGCUAUUUAAUUAAUGCAAUAAAACACUUUUUAAACAGGAUAUUUGGCUUAAUUUGAAAUGUCAGCUUAUAGAAGUUAGGAGCAUAACACCUGCUUUCUUAUCAUCUUUAGACUGUCCGAACAAGAAGGCUGACUAGCUCUCUUUCAAACAGGAAUAAAGACGUGUACAUUAAUUUACAGUGUUCUCAAAGGGCCUCUCACAAUAAGUGAAAAUUAGGUGUAUGUUUAUAACUAAGUUAAGGACUAUACCUUUCAACACAGGUCAUUUUACCUGUGGGGCAUCUCAUUUACCAGUGAUCAUCUUCCAUUUUGGUUCACAGUCAGUACCGUAUUAAAGCAAACUUCCAUGUUUUAAUUUUUGUGCCAGAUUGGUGAUUUUGUGGGGAGAGUGAACAGCUUCACAGCUCCCUUCCGCGGGUGAAAAUUAUCUGUUAACAAGGUCAUUCACAAGUAUUUCCAGCAGUCGCUAGCAGAAAUACUAUUUGGAACACAAAUACUGAUACCCUAGUGUGUUCUCUUAGUACCUCCUAUAAUACAGUAAUUAAUGAUUACCUCACUGCAAACACUGCUGUGUGCAAAGACAGCCAUCAAUAUGUUGCACACUUCAAUAUCUCAGAAAGGAGUGACAACCAUACACAUACAUUAUAGAGAGAUAUAAAGCAAAUGAGGUGGGAGAGGGGGGGUGACACCAGAAAAAUUCAAUACAUUUAUUAUCCAAACUUCCCACUCUUUUUGAAUCUCUAAUUUAUUUGCUGGUGGUUGUAUAGCUAAGUCUACUUCAUUCCCUCAAUUGGUCAGAAACAUUGUGCAUUUUGUUACAAAUAUGAGCUUUCAUUUAAUGACUUUACAUGCACAUGAGAUAGUGCAGGAUGACUUACAGAAGCUGCUACGUGUUUCUCAGAACAAGCAAACACGGUCAUACUGAGUGAAUUUAAAAUAAACUACCACAGAAGAUAUCUCUUUCCAAGAUGAAUUGUUUUGUAGGUCUGUCUGCAGUACCAAACAUCUUUGUGAUCAUCUUUGUGACUGACUCUCUUCGGUGGCAUAAUAAUAUAAAUAGUACUAAUACAGAAAAGAAGUUGCAUUUGCCCAGUACAGAAGUGGCUGUACUGCUUCUUCUAGUAAAAUAGGACCCAUCUUGAAGAUGUCCAUGUGAACAACCUCACAACGCCCAAAUGGAUGAGGCACAUACUAAACUGUAGCAAUAAUGCAUCACUUGGAAAUCCUGCAUAAGGAUUAAAUAAAAGCAUCUGGCCACAAGGAAAGCCUGGAAAGUUGUACAAAAUACAUAAUAGUGCAGGCAAUUGCCUGAAGGCGAAGCACAUGCAACCUUCCACAGACAGCAGCAAACCUGGUAUUUUGGUCAAAAGAGUUCUGUAACAGCUGUGCAGCACAUCUAUCCAUGAACACAUGGCAACGUGGACCCUUAAAACAUGGAAGCGGUUCGUUAAAUGGUGAGUGCUGAGCUCUAGCUCCUGUAUAGUAACUUACCGUCACUAAUGCUUCACUUCUGCUCUUGGCAAGAGGUCAAGAAGGAAAAUAUACCUAUGCACAACUUUGUGCAGUGCACUUCUGAAAAUGGUUCACUGCUAUAAAGAACGAGUUUUCUCUGUUUUUUCUCUUUUCACCACGUCUCAUGACUUUUCCAUGCUGCCUGAUGUAAGUUUUUUUGAGUAGAUAUAAUUUAUACCAAGUGCUCACUGAAGACCCUCAGACCUGGACGAGUUAGCAUGUUAUUUGUUAAGUGUUGUAGCACAUUCUCUUUUGUACUUAAAACUUCAAUUAAAAAUACUCAGACAUUUA